AUGGCCUCCUCAGUGCACGUAGACGAUCUGGAUCCACUAUGGCAGAACCUCGAUUGGGCCAUUGGCCAGAUCCUGAUUAUGGGCUGGGAUGGCACUGAAGUCACGCCCCAGAUCAGGAGUCUCAUCGAGGAUCACCAUCUUGGCUCCAUCAUCCUCACAGCCAAGAACCUCAAGUCUGCCCAGCAAACCGCCAGGCUGGUCCAGGAACUUCAAACUAUUGCCCAGAAAGCGGGUCAUCCCACCCCACUAUUGAUUGCCCUUGACCAGGAGAAUGGCGGCGUCAAUAGUCUCUUUGACGAGGACUAUGUCUGCCAGUUCCCCAGUGCCAUGGGCGUUGCCGCCACCGGCCGGGCCGAGUUGGCUUACGAGGUCACCAAGGCCACCGCCACAGAGAUAUCGGCGUGUGGUGUGAACCUCAUGCUUGGCCCGGUCCUUGAUGUGCUUAACAACGCCCGAUACCAACCAUUAGGAGUACGUGCUACCGGAGACGAUCCACAGGAGGUCUCCACGUAUGGUCUCGCUGCCUUGAAAGGCAUUCGGGACGCAGGUAUGGCAUCCUGUGGAAAGCACUUUCCGUCCUAUGGAAAUCUAGACUUCCUUGGUUCCAACCUAGAUGUCCCUAUCAUUACUCAGACUCUCGAAGAGUUGAGCUUGAGUGCUUUGGUCCCAUUCCGAAAUGCUAUUGCUUCCGGCAAGCUAGAUGCCAUGUUCAUCGGUGGUUGUGGCAUCUCCAGCCCAUCUAUGAAUGUCAGCCAUGCUUGUCUAUCAGACCAGGUCGUGGAUGACCUAUUGCGCAAUGACUUGGGGUUCAAUGGUGUUGCCAUUUCGGAAUGCCUAGAAAUGGAAGCCCUGAGCCAUGAACUUGGUGUCCAGAACGGUGUUGUCAUGGCCGUGGAGGCAGGAUGUGAUUUGGUUCUUCUUUGCCGAGCUUACGAUGUCCAGCUUGAGGCUAUCAAGGGGCUGAAGCUGGGAUAUGAAAGUGGCAUCAUUUCCAAGGAGAGGAUACUCACGUCAGUGAGACGUGUUCUUCGUCUCAAGUCAACCUGUACUUCAUGGACCAAGGCCCUGAACCCCCCAGGGAUUUCUCUAUUGUCUCAGCUUCACCCGGCUCACCUCGCGCUGUCACUCCGAGCGUAUGACGAUUCCAUCACCGUCAUCCGAGACAAGGAGAAGCUACUCCCCCUGUCAGCCUCGAUGCACUCGGGAGAAGAGUUACUCCUGCUCACGCCUCUCGUCAAGCCACUUCCGGCAUCUUCUCUCACCAAGAAGCUUCUCAAUGCUAAGGAUAGCCAGCAUAUGGCCUGGACUACUCACGACAUGUGGUCCCAUCGCGACCGCGAACGUGGUGCGAUAAUGAGUGGAGAGGGUGUUUUUAGGGAGUUUGGAAAGUCCCUAGCAAGAGCCCGCAAUGAAAAGCUACUCCAUACCAGUUACACUGCCAAUGGAGUUCGGCCAGUUCACGAGAACUUGAUAAACAGGGCAUCUUGCAUCAUAAUUGUCACCGCUGAUGCCAACAGAAACUUGUAUCAAGCUGGCUUCACAAAGCACGUCGAUAUGAUGUGUUCUAUGCUCCGAAGUAGAGGUCAGAAGAAGCAACUCAUUGUAGUCGCGGUUAGCUCACCAUAUGACUUUGCCAUGGACAAAUCCAUCGGCACAUAUCUCUGCACAUUUGACUUCACAGAGAACGCCUUGCAUGCCCUUGCCAGGGCACUCGUGGGUGACAUCACCCCACUUGGGACGCUCCCCGGUACUCUGAGAAAGAGCAAAAAGGUCCUCAAAUCGCGACAACACUGGCUUGUGGAAGAAUAUCACCCCGAUCGUGAUGCUUCCGGACUUGACGAGUUGCUACGGGCCGUUCAUCGAGGCAGUACUCCCGACCUCCAAUUCCUGCAGACAACGACGGCAGCCACCUUUCAACUUAACAAUCAGCACAUCAGCGAGGCCCAUUUUGUUGUGCGAAAUUCCAGCACGCAAGCUCUGUACGGCUUUGUAGCCACCUACUAUCUCCAUGGAGUGGGAAUGUUGGGCGCAAUCUUUGUCGAUCCUGGAAAGCGAGAUGUGUCUAUUGGCAGGUCUCUACACCGGCGAGCAAUGAAAAGUCUUAUUCAAAGACGGGGAAUCAAGAAGGUGCAAAUUGGAAUGGCACUUCCAGGCGUCUUCACAGGAAUCCCUGUCGACGUCCAGGUGAACACGGUCAAGGAGUGGUUCACCAACAGCGGCUGGGACACACAGUUCCCUCGCCGGGUCACUGAUAUGGUCAUUCAAGACUUGGCUAACUGGACUGCUCCCGAGGGGCUGCUUCAAAGCAUCCAGAGGGUUAACAUCAGCUUUGACCUAAUCCACGGAGUAGACAAUGCGGAAAGUGUGCUCGGCCAUGUCCGCGCACACGCAAACCCCGAGAUCCUCGAGCUCUACAGGUUCGCCUUACAGGAGACAAAGGCUUGCGGCAUCGUACGUGCAAAGGACGGCGGAGGCAAUUUGCUGGGAACAAUCAUCAUCUCUCGUCAACAUAGCCCGUUGGCCACCUAUGUGCCAGCGCUUUUGUCCCACUCAGAAGAUAUUGGUGGGAUUCUCGCACCCGUCGUUCCGGCCAUGCCCUUUGCGACGCUUGUGCUACAAGGUCUGGCUCUUAUGGGCGUACGUCAAAACAAGAGCCACAGGGCAUCAAAAACUGUGCUGGGCUGGGUUGUUGAUGACGGAACCGAGCCGCUGGCGGCAAUGGGUUUUGAGACCCUACAAGCGUUUGACGAGAUUACGAAUGCCCCCGAUAAUGUAAGUUAA